AUGGCUCCUUGGCCUGAGUUGGAAAAUGCCCAGCCCAUCCCCAAUAAAUACAUCGAAGGGGCCACAAGUCCACCAGCCAAAGGCAAGGAGUCUGGCAAAAAUGACAGCAGUGGUCCUACAGCCAAAAUUGAACUUCUGCCCUUGUACUCCACUGCGACUUUGAUAGAGGAGCCCACUGAUGUGGAAGACCCCUAGGACCUGCCCACACUCCAGGAUACUGGGAUCAAGUGGUCAGAGAGAGACACCAAAGGGAAGCUCUUAUGUGUCUUCCAAGGGAUUGGAAAAUUCAUUUGACUCCUGGGGUUCCUCUACUUGUUUGUUUGCUCCUUGGAUGUCCUCAGCAGUGCCUUCCAGCUGGUUGGAGGAAAAGUGGCCGGGCAGUUCUUCAGCAACAACUCCAUCAUGUCCAACCUCAUGGCUGGACUGGUGAUCAGGGUGCUGGUGACCUUCAUGGUGCAGAGCUCCAGCACCUCCUCAUCCAUCAUCAUCAGCAUGGUGGCCUCCUCAUUGCUGACCGUGUGGGCAGCCAUCCCCAUCAUCAUGAGGGCCAACAUCGGGACCUCCAUCACCAACACCAUUGCACUACUCAUGCAGGCCGGAGACUGCAGCGAGUUUAGGAGGGCUUUUGUAGGGGCUACCAUCCAUGACUUCUUCAACUGGCUGUCUGUACUGGUGCUCUUGCCCCUGGAGGUUGCCACCCACUACCUGGAGAUUCUGACCAACCUGGUGGUGGACACCUUCCACUUUCAGAAUGGAGAAGAUGCCCCAGCACUUCUGAAAGUCAUCACAGAUCCCUUCACGAAGCUCAUCAUUCAGCUGGAUAAAAAAGUCAUCCACCAAAUUGCAAUGAAUGACGAAUUGGCCCAAAACAAGAGUCUGAUCAAGAUUUGGUGCAAAACUUUUACAAAUACGACUCAGAUGAAUGUCGCUGUCCCCUCGCCUGAGAACUGCACUUCCCCUUCCCUCUGUUGGACAGAGGGUAUCUACACCUGGACAAUCAAGAACGUGACCUACAAGGAGAACAUUGCCAAGUACCAGCACAUCUUUGUGAAUUUUAACCUCCCGGAUCUGGCUGUGGGCAUCAUCAUGCUGAUUGUCUCCCUGAUGGUCCUCUGUGGCUGCCUGAUCAUGAUCGUCAAGCUCCUGGGCUCUGUGCUCAAGGGACAGGUUGCCAUUGUCAUCAAGAAAACCAUCAACACUGAUUUCCCCUUUCCCUUUGCCUGGGUGACUGGCUACCUAGCCAUCCUCGUCGGAGCGGGCAUGACCUUCAUCGUCCAGAGCAGUUCAGUGUUCACGUCUGCCAUGACCCCUCUGAUCAGUAUCGGUGUGAUAACCAUUGAGAGGGCUUAUCCGCUCACUCUGGGCUCCAACAUCGGCACCACCACCACCGCCAUCCUGGCCGCCUUAGCCAGCCCGGGCAACACUCUCAAGAGUUCUCUCCAGCUCUCCCUGUGCCACUUUUUCUUCAACAUCUCUGGCAUUUUGCUGUGGUACCUGAUCCCGUUCACCCGCCUGCCGAUCUGCCUGGCCAAGGGGCUGGGCAACAUCUCCGCCAAGUACCGCUGGUUUGCUGUGUUCUACCUGAUCUUCUUCUCCUUCCUGACCCCGCUGACCGUGUUCGGCCUCUCGCUGGCCGGCUCGCCCGUGUUGGUGGGCGUGGGGGUGCCCAUCAUCCUCCUGCUGCUGCUGGUGGUCUGCCUCAGGCUCCUGCAGUCCUGCUGCCCACGCAUCCUGCCCAUCAAGCUCCGCAAUUGGCACUUCCUGCCCCAGUGGAUGCACUCCCUGAAGCACUGGGACAACCUCAUCACCUUGGCCACCAGCUGCUGCCAGCAGCGCUGCUGUUGCUGCUGCCACGUGUGCUGCCAGGUGUGCUGCCACUGCAGCAAGUGCUGCGAGGACCUGGAGGAGGUGCAGGAGGUGCAGGGUGUCCCCAUGAAGGCCCCCGAGGCCUUCGAAAAUGCCACCAUGAACAGAGAAGACCAAGAUGAGGUCAAGGCCCACGCUGAUGUCCCGGGCACCAAGGCCAUCUGCAAUAGCACAGCCUUCUAG